AUGGUAAACUUAGAAGAAAAACUGUGUGAAUUAGAAAAAAACGAGAAAGAAAACAACAUUAUACUCUUCGGUUUGCAGGAAGAUGAAAACUCAACAGAUGAAUUAUUUGAAAAAGUAAAAGAAAAAGUGAAGAACGACCUAAACAUCGAACUUUCUUUCAACGAGAUCAACAAGAUACAUAGAAUUGGUAGGAAAAGUGCGGAAAAUAAGGCCAAAGGACGACCAGUCAGAGUUGCUUUUGUCCGAGAAAUAAAGAAAAGGCAAAUAAUGAAGGAGAGAAAACAAUUUAAAGACAUAUAUGCCAGCGAAGACUACCCCAAAGAAAUACAAAGCAAGAGGAAAGAACUACAAACUAAAGUACAGGAGGAAAGGGAAAAGGGAAACACAGCAUAUAUAAAUUAUGAUAAGCUGGUGGUGUUAAAGGGCAACAUAGACAGUAGGAAAAGACCACCUUCAAGAUCACCCCAACAAGUAAGCCAACCUACAAAGCUACAGGCCACUUUAGAUGGAAAAACUAACCGAGUUAAUGCCUUUGACGUGAUGAGAAGCAGAUCAAACUCACUGUCCGCAACAGCGGACCAAUCAAACACUAUUAAUAAUUAG